CAUGCUGCCCUCUUGAAAGGGGAGGGAGGGGAAGGGAAGAGAGAGAGGCCAAAAAAAUAAUAAUAAUCGCCCGUUUCGGCGUUUCGAGGUGUGGCAGUUUCUUCUCCUGCUGCUUCAGCCGCUUCAGCCAAUAGGAGAGGCGGGCUGGGGGGAAAAGGAAGGCUUUGGAAGGAAGAGGCAGAGCAAACGGCAACAGAGAUGGCGCGGCUGGUGGCCGUUUGCAGAGACAGCGAGGAAGAAUUCCUCUUCGAGAGGCUGCAGAUCCCCCUUUACAUCGACGACACCCUGACGAUGGUGAUGGAAUUUCCUGAUAACAUGCUAAACCUGGAUGGACAUCAGCACAAUGGAGGCCAGUUGAAGCAGUUCAUUCAGAGGCAUAGCAUGCUGAAGCAGCAAGAUUUGAGCAUCGCCAUGAUGGUGACGUCACGUGAAGUCCUGAGCGCCCUUUCUCAGCUCGUCCCCUGCGUCGGCUGCCGCCGUAGCGUGGAGCGCCUCUUUUCUCAGCUGGUGGAGUCUGGGAAUCCCGCUCUCGAACCCCUCACGGUCGGGUCCAAGGGAGUCCUGUCUGUCACUCCGAGCUGCAUGAGGGAUGCAAAGAAGCUUUACACGCUUUUCUACGUACAUGGGUCCAAAUUAAAUGAAAUGAUUGAUGCAAUUCCGAAAAGUAAGAAGAACAAGCGGUGCCAACUGCAUUCUUUGGACACUCACAAACCGAAACCCUUGGGAGGUUGCUGGAUGGAUAUAUGGGAACUCAUGUCGCAGGAAUGUCGAGAUGAAGUAGUCUUAAUCGAUUCCAACUGCCUACUAGAGACCCUAGAAACUUACCUCCGAAAACACAGGUUUUGCACCGACUGCAAAAACAAAGUCUUGCGGGCUUACACCAUCCUGAUCGGCGAGCUGGACUGCAGCAAGGAGAAAGGCUACUGCGCCACCCUUUACGAGGGCCUGCGCUGCUGCCCUCACGAGCACCACAUCCACGUCUGCUGCGAGACCGACUUCAUCGCCCACCUCCUUGGCCGAGCCGAACCCGAGUUCGCAGGAGGGAGACGAGAAAGACACGCGAAGACAAUAGACAUUGCCCAGGAAGAGGUCCUUACCUGCUUGGGCAUCCACCUGUAUGAACGGCUGCACCGCAUCUGGCAGAAGCUGCGGGCCGAGGAACAGACUUGGCAGAUGCUUUUCUACCUGGGGGUCGAUGCUUUACGCAAAAGCUUUGAGAUGGCGGUGGAGAGGGUGCAAGGCAUCAGCCGGCUGGAGCAGCUGUGCGAGGAGUUCUCCGAAGAGGAGAGGGUGCGGGAACUCAAGCAGGAGAAGAAGCGCCAGAAACGGAAGAACCGGAGGAAAAAUAAGUGCGUCUGUGAGAUCCCGGCUCCGUUGCAAGUGAUGGAGGAGAAGGACAUGCGGAGCCAAGAAAAGGAAAAUUUCUUGGAGACCAGCUGCACAGCCUGUGGCAGCCCGGAAGAGCGGAGCAGCCGCGUCGAGGUCAUUGUGACCAAUGCGAAUGCUUCCUGCACUUGUCCCACCAGUGGCGCUUUACUGCGCUCCCCUAAAAUAAAGAAAGGUAGGUCGUGCCAGCUCUUGGCGGAGUGCACCGAAGGGAUUUGCAACCACGAUGAAAAUGUGGAUGAUCCGUGCAUUCACCGUUGCGAAGACAAAGAAGAGGAUGGGGACAGUUGCGUGGAAUGCUGGGCGAAUUCGGAAGAUACUAACAUGAAAGGCAAAAACAAGAAGAAGAAGAAGAAAAACAAGAAGUGCGAAGCCGAGCACAUCCAAAAGCUGAGUAGCUGCCUGGUGGAGACCAGUAACCGAGAGGGUCCGGUGACUGCCACGCACACAGACUACCACCGAGACAAGACCAAAGACCCCCGUGCCGAAAUCUGUUGUCGCAUAGAAAAAGCUGGGCCCGCAACGGUACCUUGGCUGGAGCACAGGAAAACAGCCUUGUUGUGUGCGGAAUCUUCAGAGGCAUCCCCUGCUCCCGAAUCAGGGAAGGGCACAAAGAGUUUGGUGGAACUCCUGGAUGAGUCCGAAUGCACUUCCGAUGAAGAAAUAUUCAUCUCGCAAGAUGAGAUCCAGUCCUUCAUGGCCAACAACGAGUCCUUUUACAGCAAUAGAGAGCGGUACCGACAGCAUCUGAAGGAGAAAUUCAACAGAUACUGCCGCCUGAACGAUCACAAGAGGCCGGUGUGUGGCGGUUGGUUGACAACAGCUGGAGCAAACUAAACCGAAUAAAAUUAGCUCUGUCUUUCAGUCAAACUGUCAAAAAAUGACUACUUGCGCGUUUUCUCUGUCUUCGGAAAACCGUCUCUCUUAGCGACUAAACAAAAUCGUAUCUUUUUAAAAAGAAAAAAAGAAAAAAAAAGA